GCGGACGACGAUCCAUCGAUCGCUCGGCGACCAGGUAUGCGAGGCCUGCCGAUCGCCACGAUUCUCUUCUGCGUCUUCAUUCUCGUGCCCCGAUCGUCGUCGCAACCUCCCACGGACAGCCUCCCCAAUGUGAUUUACUACAACACCAUGUCUUUCUCUCCGGGCAGCGCCUUUGAGCGUAAUCUUGAUGCCGCGCUCCAAUCGGUCAUCUCCAGCUCCAGAUCCAGCCCCAGCGCUGCUCUGGGAGCCAGCCCAGACGUGGCAUACGCGCGGGGCGAGUGCUACAACAAUCUCUCCCCGCAAGAUUGCGUGUUGUGCCUUGGCAUGGCGAAUCAGACAAUCCGUGGUCAAGCACCAAGAACGAUUGGAGCGCGCCUCUUUUCCAAUUCCAGCGAUUAUAGCUGCUACCUUCGCUACGAAAACUACGAUUUUCUAGGAGGAGUUACUCCCAGAAUUCCAGAGGGAACUAUUGAAAAUGCUCCUGCGGCUCCACUACUUCGAAACGCCGCCCAAGCAAGCUUUCCACUGGGCAUAGUCGUGGGUGUGCUUGCAGGCGUUUUGGUUACUUUAGUCGGUAUCUUCGUGUUCUUCUGCUUACGUCGUAGGCGUUCUUUGAGGAUUCGUCGAAAGUUCCAUCUGGAUACCUUUGAUCUUCCUGUUAUUGAUGGGAUAAGUAACUUUACGUACCAUGAGCUCGAGACGGCAACAAAAGGCUUCUCGGACAUUAACAAGCUUGGUCGUGGUGCAUUUGGAACGGUUUUCAAGGGAGUGCUGAAAGACGGUAGCGAAGUUGCCGUUAAGCAGCUGGACUUGCAUUCCAAACAGGGACAGCGAGAGUUUGUCAACGAGCUGUCUAUUAUAACGAGCAUUCAGCACAAGAACCUUGCAAAACUUCGAGGUUAUUGCCUUGACCGAGACGAUCGAAUACUAGUGUAUGAAUUUCUAGAGAACAAGAGCCUUGAUCAGCUAUUAUUUGAAUCGGCUACUGGAAUACUUUUGGACUGGCCAACACGCUUUCAAAUCGUCCUUGGUGUUGCGAAUGGCCUUGCUUAUCUUCACGAAGGAUCCCAAAAGCAGAUCAUCCACCGCGACAUAAAAGCAAGCAAUAUCCUUCUCGACCAUAGACUACAUCCAAAAAUCUCGGACUUCGGAAUCUCCAAACUCUUCAACCAAGAGAAAGGAUUUACGAGCACCGUGAUCGCCGGAACAAUGGGCUAUCUCGCUCCAGAGUAUGUGCUGGGUGGAUUGCUGACUGUCAAAGCCGAUGUGUAUAGCUUUGGAGUCCUGACGCUGGAGAUUGUCAGCGGACAAAGAUGCAGCGACCGAAAAGAUGGCCGCCUGCUAGUUCACUCGGCAUGGAUUCUUCACGAAAACAGCAGCGAACUCGAGAUUGCUGACCAGAGACUAGACUUGGAACACAACUCCGAAGAAAUCUUGCGAGUUAUCCAAGUCGCUCUCGCUUGCACUCACGAGAACUCGGCCUCUCGUCCAUCGAUGGGGGACGCUGUUGCCAUGCUCUCCGGCUACAAGCAAGUCAUAAUCGCUCCCAGAUCCCAUGGUGCCUAUCUAGAUUAUCUCAGCAGCAACGAUACAGAUAGUUCUCGCUUGUUGACAACGUCCAACACAUUCGAGCCGGGAACGAGUUUUAGCAUUGAAUCAAGGCCAUAGUCGAGCGACAUUUUUACGUGUAAAUUAACGUGUCAUAGAAUGUUUUUUUAAAGGCUAAUUACAAUUUUGAAAAUCA